UCGUGUCAAACCGCAGCCGCUCUCGCGCACCGCACCAGCUCGGGAGCCCGGUCAUCACCUACUCCGCCCGCCGCCACCAUCUACAAGUACCCAAACACUGUGCCGCACGUCCGACGCCGCAGUCUUGUAGUCUCGUGCACCAAUCGUCGCGCCGCGGCGACGUUAGGCAUUUCGUCGAACACCUAGAGCGCAGCCAUGAUGCUCACCAAGCCCCACCCUUCGUCCAACCUCCUCCUCCCCACCACCACAGCGCUCCCAAAUCCUAGCCCAAACCCUAGCCGCGUCACGCCCCUGGCUUCCGGCCGUGGCCGCCGCGGCCACCACCGCGUGUGCGCCUCCUCCGUGGCGCCCGCGCAGCCCGCGUCGGUGGCCCAGCCCACGGCACCGGCGCUGAGCCGCGUGGACGUGCUCUCGGAGGCGCUCCCGUUCAUCCAGCGGUUCAGGGGCAAGACGGUGGUGGUGAAGUACGGCGGCGCGGCGAUGAAGUCGCCCGAGCUGCAGUCGUCGGUGAUCCGCGACCUGGUCCUCCUCUCCUGCGUCGGCCUCCGCCCCGUGCUCGUGCACGGCGGGGGCCCGGAGAUCAACUCGUGGCUGGGGCGCGUCGGCGUCGAGCCGCAGUUCCGGAACGGCCUCCGCGUCACGGACGCGCUCACCAUGGAGGUCGUGGAGAUGGUGCUCGUCGGCAAGGUCAACAAGCAGCUCGUCUCCCUCAUCAGCGUCGCCGGCGCCACCGCCGUCGGCCUCUGCGGCAAGGACGCGCGCCUCCUCACCGCGCGCCCUUCCCCCGACGCCGCCGCACUCGGCUUCGUUGGCGAGGUGACGCGCGUCAACCCGUCCGUCCUCCACCCCAUCAUCGAGUCCGGCCACAUCCCGGUCAUCGCGACCGUGGCCGCCGACGAGACCGGGCAGGCCUACAACAUCAACGCCGACACCGCGGCCGGCGAGAUCGCCGCCGCGUUGGGCGCGGAGAAGCUGCUGCUGCUCACCGACGUGUCCGGGAUACUCGCCGACCGCAAUGACCCCGGGAGCCUUGUGAAGGAGAUCGACAUCGCCGGGGUGCGGCAGAUGGUGGCCGACGGGAAGGUGGGCGGUGGGAUGAUCCCCAAGGUGGAGUGCUGCGUCCGCGCGCUGGCGCAGGGCGUGCACACCGCGAGUAUCAUCGACGGCCGCGUCCCGCACUCGCUGCUGCUGGAGAUCCUCACCGACGAGGGCACCGGCACCAUGAUCACUGGCUGAAUUUCUGAAUUUCUGGGCAGGCAAUAAGCAUGGUUAAUUCAAUUCUUCGUUGUUUUUGGCAUCUUUUUUUGGGGGAUUGGUUGUUCGAACUUGGAAUUGAUCUUGGAACCAGAUGGUUUUGCACCCUUUGGAUGUAACAGAAAUGUGAUCUUGAAUCUCAUUGCUAUGAGAAACGUCGAUGAAAAGGGAAAACAGAAUUCAAUUUUGUGAGUGCACAAUCAA